GACGCUCACCCAUUCUCACCAUGAAGCUUCUGUCACUUUUUCUGGUCGUGAUGGUGACCCUGUCUGGCCUGAUCGGCUGGGCCAGCGCCGUGCCUGACCCCGACCCAGAGGCUGACCCAGCUGGCUUCGGAAGUUUUCAUGGCGGAGGUGGUCAUGGCUUCCACAGGGGUCACGGCCAUGGAGUCGGAAGGGUUCAUGGCCAAGGCUUUGCCAGAGGUCACAGUCGUGGCUUCGGUGCUCGCCAUGGCCAAGGCAUUUACGGAUAAUGAAAAGGACGCCAGAUAUCUACCACAACAAUGAAGCCGCUUGUAUACCAGAGGAGAUACAUUGGAUUGUCAUAGUGUAAGGUGGAAUCCAUCUCUUCUUUCCCAGAAUAAAUAGCAAAAUCAAAAUUC